UUCACUUGUAUGCCCUGUUCGGAAUCGCGCUACGCGCUAUCCGUGCGGCGACCCCGGGCCUAGCGAGUUGUUAAAAAAUCGGGAUAAACUCGGGGUAUACGCGGGGAGUAAUUUUAAAGGAAUAUAAUAUUUUUGAAAAUAUUUUUAUCUAUAUUACAAACUACAAUACAACAUUUAAAAUAUAACAGGAAGAGAAGGAUACCAGAACUCGAGUUCACUGUCACUUGGUUAAAUUUUGGUCUGAAUUUAUUAUGGUAGAACAAUGGUGACUUGCAAUUAGGGUUUGCAUGUAUCCCCAAAUGUUUUGUCAGGGAAGAUAAAAAGUGACUUAAACUAUAUUCUGUUCAGAUUUUUAAAUUGGACCAGAUAAAAUUACAAUUCACUCAUUACUGAUGGGUUUGGUUGGGCUAAAUGAAUUGUGUGCGUAAUGGGUUUGCGUUAAAAAUGGACCAAACGUGGAAUUGUAUCUUGUAAUUAUAUGGACGCCUUACAUUACUCGGGCAAAAACGCGGUAAUUAUGCGGGUAGCGUAGAGCGUCACCGAACAGGUCCAAUUCGGCACGGUAAGUGACCGUGGAGCGACUACGCGGACGUAUAAUCGGCUACGCACCCGAGAUUUUGAACAGGGCUUGUAUGUAGAACCGGCUUUUCUGCUGUGGAAGUAGAGCUGGGAAUUUGGGUCAUUACCCGCGGGUCCCGCCCCGUUUGAUCCGCCGCGGGGCAGGUGCGGAUCGAUCGAUUUACAAAUUUCAGCAUGCGGGUGCGGGUGCGGGUUGAGUCAAUUUUUAGCGGGGCGGGUGCGGGUCAACCAAAUUUGAGUCGCGGGUACCCGCCGACCCGCAAAAUAAAAAAAAAUAUUAUUUUUUUUCUAAAUUUUUUUAAAAUACAUAAAAAUAAAAAUAAAAAUAUGUAAAAAAUAUAUAAAUUAAUGAAAAUUAUAUAAUUUAAAUUAUAAAUGUAUAAUUUUUAUUAUAAAAAGUAAUUAAUUGAUAAUAAAAAUAAUUUUUUAUUAAAUUUAAUAUUAUCUGCGGGCCCCGCGGGUUACCCGCAAUCUUAGCGGGGCGGGUGCGGGUUUACGAUUUUUCUUUCGCGGGUUAUGCGGGUCGGAAUUUUGAGUUUAAAAAACAGAGUCGAUCCGCGGGUUGGCGGGUCAUGCGGGGCGGAUUGACCCGCGAACCCAGCCCUAUGUGGAAGUGCUUUUUUACAGUGGCUUUAUUAAAUUUGGUUAUCUGGUUUGAUCUUUUCAGAUGCAAACUAAAGCUCAUUAUUAUUUUAGGUCUAAGCCCAUUAUAUAACCUUUUUAAAAUAUCCUAUUAUAUAAAACUGUGACCUAAGACUAAUAUAGCAAAAAACAAAUAUGACCGAAAACAUGAAGAUCAAAGGAGCCGAAGACUUGAUCAGCAAUUUACCAGAUGGGAUCCUCCAACACAUGCUCUGCUUAAUUCCGAUCAAACUGGCCAUGUCUACAUCCCUCUUGUCUAGACGAUGGAGGCAUGUAUGGUGCGAGAAACCUUCUAUCACCUUAGGUGGCGAUACACUGACUGCCGCUUCAAUAAAUGAAACCCUAGCUCGCUAUACAGCCCCGAAGAAAAAGAGUUUUGACCUCCUAAUAACACCUAUUACGAAGGAGAAAAUACCAUACCUAGACAGGUGGAUCAAGUUUGCCACGUCACACAACGUUGAGAAUCUCUCCCUGAAUUUCUCUCAUUAUUAUAAGCUUCCAGAUUUCUUCUACAACAGUUCUUAUUUCAAGCAACUCAACAUCUAUUCUCAUACGAUUGUUCCUUUCAAGUGCACUGUCUCUUGGACUUCUUUGCACAAGUUAUCCUUGAGUUGUUGUAGUCUCUCAGAUAAAUCCAUGGCCAAGAUUCUAUCCGGUUGUCCUGUUCUCGAAAACUUAACGUUGUAUCACUGCGGUAAACUAAAGGUUAUUGAUCUCACCAAAUCCUUACGUCUGAAAACACUAGUUGUAGACCGUAACGUGAUGGUUCCGGAGGGGCCAACGAAGAUUGUGGCACCACACAUCCAUUAUCUCAGAUUGUUAGACUCUCGGCCAUCAUGUACUUUGGUUGAUGUCGCUUCUUUAACCGAAGCUAAACUGGACGUUUGCUAUGCCCUAAGUACCUCUUACUUCAAGUCCAAGGCUGAUUUUCUCCAAGACAUGGUGCUAAAAAUGCUAGAAAAGUUACAAAACGCUGAGAAGCUUACGUUUGGUGGAAACUUUGUUAAGAUUUUAUCUCUUGUUGAGAUUCGUGGUGUUUCUUUCCCGAUGCUCAAGGUCAAAUCACUGAUUCUUGAUACAGUGAUCUAUCAGUAUGUUAUUCCUGGUAUACAAAGGCUGUUACAAAACUCACCUGAUUUAGAGAAGCUAAUAGUACGUGGAAGGACUUGCAGCACCAUACCGGAGGAGCAUCUUGACCAAUAUUUGAAAUCACUAUCCUUGAAUCCAGAUCAAUGGUGGAGAUCAAAAGAUGGUUUCUCUUUGAAUAAUUCUUGUUGGAAUUUACAAUCAAAGAAAUUAGAUAAGAGGGUCGUAUUGUCGGGUGAACGUUACCUUAAGUUUAAUUUUAAAGAGCACUCUCUCCCAUAAGCAGUGUCACCAUUGUGUUCUCCACCAACAAGGC